CAGAUUUAUUAGAGGAAAAUGGCACCGCCCGUCACUCCUUUCCCAGCCGCGUCGCUCCCUAUUCACAUCCACACCACCACCCACGGCUUCAAGCCUAAAGCACGGAAAGGACCGCCAACAGACCUCCUCUCCUGUCCGCUGUUCGCAAUGCAACAGUUUUCGUGCAAUCCGCCACGUAAAGGCGUACCAGAAGCGCCAGGGGUGGUGAGAUGCGAAUCAGUUGUGAGGAUCUUCAGACGGUGCGCAAAUGGAGUCAGUGCAGAAACUACAGCGCUCGAAGGGCAUAAAUAUAAAGAUGUCGUGCUUCGCGAAAGCAAAGGAUUAUGAGCUACGAAUACAUGAAUGAGGCAACGAAUGACUCUGAUCCAUACAGAAGUUUACAACAAUGAUAUUCCCCGGGGUAUCUGGAACCGCAUAUGCAACGCUUUUCAAUGGAAAUGCUCGCCCAAUAUAUGAAUAACCCAAACGCCUUGCUGCGAUAGGACAAAAAGGAGCUCGGUCGAUCACACCUUUCUAGCUGUUGCCGACGUACUCUUCUGACGCUCCGUUCCGCGCCCGUCUGUUGCCUCGCUCUUAAGCCAAUACACACGUUCGCAGUUCACAACAGGGCCCAAUUCAAGCUUUGGCGGUUCGAUAUCAGGUUCUACCGGAGUCUUUUCCCUCACAGGCUCCGAAAACCCAAAUUCUAUCGUAUCUAGCUCCGCAUCCAUAGCUCUCUGCUUAUCCUUCCUUCUUUUUGCCCUCUCCUCUGCCUGGCUCUUAAGAAGUGCAGCCAGCGUCUUUUCAAACAUAGACUCCAUGCUCUCCUCCUCUCUUCCCCAUAAGGUCUUCUCUGCCUCCACUUGGUUCCUCGAUCGCGAUUCUUUUGCCGCAUGUGUUAAUUUCCUCAAUGCCUCUUCGCCUAGACGUCCUUCUUCGGUUGCUCUCUCUCUAAUUUUUCUUGGGUCGGUCUCUCGUUCGGUAUAGACGUGCGUGUCUUGGUAUGUAUGCUUGCUCGGGAAUUUGGGGAAAUGUUUUGGAAUGUACGAGUACGUUCUUUUAUCGUCGGUGGCACUCAGCUCCGGUCCUAAGAAUGGUAAAUACGUUUGUGGAGUUCCUUCGUCGGGAGGUGGAGAGGGUAGGAUGGCCGGAGUUUGUGUGGCUUUGCGGGGGCAUUUGAGGUGUGGACGAAGUGAAUCCAAGGAUAUGGCGUGCUGAUCGAGGGCAUGCUCAAAGUCCUGCGGGAUGGGUUGUGUUCUGCGGCAGGAAGCCAUUGAUGCACGAAUGUAAGAUAGGAAAUGAAGCAUAUCUCCAAGAAGGUUAGCAGUGUGAAAUUUAAAAGGCAGCUGUCACGUAGCCACACCCGAGAAUGGAAUUCCAUACAUUCUUCAA